AUGGCACAAAACAAGUUCAUUUUCUCUAUGAUUUUCCUAGCACUGAUCAUUUUCUCUCAGCAAUUCCAGUCCAUUGAAGGACGGUAUCUAAAGUAUGACAAAGGGUAUAAGGACCAUGAUGAGAUGCAUGGUGGCAAUUCAGCUACAAAUGCGGCCACAUCGGGAAACGUGUCUUCACCAGCGCCAUCAACAAUGGUUGGUGCAACUGGGGCGGCACCGCCUCAUGGUCAUGAUGUCGAUGAUUUUAGACCCACAACCCCGGGGCAUAGCCCUGGUGUAGGUCACUCCAUUAACAACUAG